AUGUUCUUUAUAUUAUAUUACUUAUUACACUAUGUCCUUUAUAUUCUAUUACUUAUUACUUAUUAUACUAUCUUCUUUAUAUUAUAUUGCUUAUUAUAUUACUUAUUACUUAUUACACUAUGUCUAAUAUAUUAUAUUCAUUUAUUACUACUUAUUCUAUUACUUAUUACACUAUGUCUAUUAUAUUCAUUUAUUACUUAUUCUAUUACUUAUUAUACUAUGUUCUUUAUAUUCAUUUAUUACUUAUUCUAUUACUUAUUAUACUAUGUUCUUUAUAUUCUAUUACUUAUUAUUCUAUUACUUAUUGUUUAUUAUGUAUUAUAUUUUAUUUAUUAUAUAUUACUUAUUGUUUAUUAUGUAUUAUAUUUUAUUUAUUAUAUAUUGUCUAUUAUAUUUUAUUUUUUAUGGAUUAUACAUUCAAGAAGCCAACACUAG